UGCAUCCAUGUAUAUAUAGGAUAUAGGAGAGGAGAAAGAAAGAAAGAAAAGAAGCAAAGAGCUGCUGAAAUCAUACUUGGUGUCCGAUAAAAGAAGCUGAAAGAUGAAGACUUUGGUCGUCCUGCUCCUCUGCUCCCUGGCCGUCAUCUGCCUGACUUCGGUUGCAGCCACUGAUGUCCAGCCUGCCAGUGACCACCCUUCUCAGGACGGGUUGUUUGCGGAGAGAGAGCAGGCCUCCAGCGUUGUGAGGCAGAAGAGAGCUGCUGGACAGUUAUCCCUGACACAGCUCGAGAGCCUGAGAGAAGUGUGUGAGGCCAACCUGGCCUGUGAGGACAUGAUGGACACGGAGGGCAUCAUCGCCGCCUACACCGCCUACUACGGACCGAUCCCCUAUUAGACCAUGAAACCGCAACUGCUGAUGGCUCAUCAGAAAUGUCUCCCGUUUUUGAAUCAUCGUUCAUUUUUUAUUUCAACUCUCUUUAUUCUUCUAAUCAAAAUUUACAAAAGCAAAAUGGAUAAGAGUGGAACAGGACUUUUAUUUUCUUUCCUGCGUAGACCUGCAAAUUUGUCUCCAUUAAACUCUGUAAUUUCUCUCAGCCUGUAGCGUGAUGAAAAUAAAUAAAGAUAAAUGAAACUCUG